AUGUCUCCCCGCAACCUCAAAGUACCAUCGUCGACCGGGACAGUUCCUCGUGUUGACCUCAAACAGCCUCUCAAACACAUCAACCACUCUUCCCAGACUCGCUGCUUAAAAACUGGUGAUCUCAUUCAGUUUUAUGGCCAUCACAUGGUUUGGGAUGAGCACUGUGUUUCCGAAGAUGUUGUUAUCAAGCAAGCCCCUCCUUUACUCCAGAGAGUUCUCUAG